UACCUUCAGCCCUGGUCUAGGGUUAGGGUUUCUCUCAAACUAAGUUUCUAUUUCGAAAUGGAAGAGCCUCAGACUUCUUCUUCUUCGUCUUCCUCCUCUGCUUCUCCAUCUUCUUCUACUGAUGCUGUCAUCCAUAGGGACACUACUACUUCCGGCGCCGGCGCCUCGUCUUCCAGCACUUCGCAGGUCCGCGAAGAGGAGGACGAUCACAAUCAGUACCACCACCACCGCAAUUUCCGGCAUCCGGAGCCGGAGGUCAACGAAAUCGGACCUUCUUACAGAGUAGGCUUAUCGGGAUUCGAUGAGACCGCGUCUGUGAUUAGAGAUGACACGUGGUCCUGCAUCAUCGUCCUCCUCACCUUCUGGUUCUUUGUAUCUAUGACUUUGAUUCUGGGAGUGUACGGGUCUGAGACCUUAGAGCUUGGCCCUAAUACUUCGACUCUUCUGCAACCUAACUCCAUAUUUGUGCAGUCUAUAAAGGUGGAAGAGCUGAAUGUAUCAAACCCUGGGCCUGUGCUAUAUGGUUUCUAUAGUGUUCCACCGCUUAAUAUUGUGACGACUUGGUCUGAAACACACAGUGCCUCUGUUCCAGCUGAUUCUCAUAAGGAGUGGAUAUAUUACCUAAAUAAGGGGUCUCAAAUAAGUAUAUCAUACAGCGUUUCCUCUCCCAGCACGUCUAUUUUUCUUAUAAUUGCUGAAGGUAGAGAAGGCCUUGCUCAGUGGCUUGAAGAGCCAACAUAUCCUAAUACUACAUUGUCAUGGAACCUCGUUCAUGGAAGUGGCAAGAUUCAGCAGGACAUAUCAACGUCUGAUAAUUACUAUAUUUCUGUGGGUAACCUGAACUAUGAGGAUGUGGAGGUGCAAUUAAACUUCACAGUGAAUGCUUUGUUGUAUGAUACAAGUGAAGCUUAUUACAAGUGUACCUUCACAAAUACGUCCUGCAGUUUGAAAAUUUUGUUUCCCAGUGGAAAUGUUGGUGUGCUAACAUCUCCUGGUCCAGAUCAGGGUAUAUACAACCAGUAUGUAAAACUGUCAUAUGGACCAAGAUGGGCCACAUAUAUUAUUGGUAUAGGAGCGAUGACUAUACUUAUGUUAUUGGCCUUCAACUUCUUGAACAAGUUCCGCUGUAACAAUGAAGAUGGAAUAAGAGUACAGCAUGAGGAGUUCAGACCAGAAAGAGCCCCGUUGCUUUCAUACAAAGAUGAUGAUCAAUCAAGUUGGGGUUCAUCUUAUGAUUCUGCCUCGAACGAUGAGGGGGAUCUUGAAGAACUUAUGGCAGCAGGUUCUCUUGAUGGAAAGUCACUUAGAGAUGGUGAAAGUAACAAUACUCGUCGGCUUUGUGCAAUUUGUUUUGAUGCUCCUAGGGACUGCUUUUUCCUCCCAUGCGGGCACUGUGUGGCUUGUUUUGAAUGCGCAACAAGGAUAGCGGAAGCUGCUGCUACUUGUCCAAUUUGUCGGAGGAACAUAAAGAAGGUGAGGAAGAUUUUUACAGUAUAAAGUAGCAAACACCUUGUUGUAAGCCUGGUAUGUGCCAUUGCGUUUACUGCCUUUCAACAGAAUUCAAGCUAAUUGUAUCCGGUAAUCUGGGUAGUUUCUGUCUUUCUGAGGGUGGAUUGCCAUGCCUUGUGGUUUUUCAGUGGCUUUCCGUUAUGUAAUAUCAUUUCCUGGUAUAUAAAUUCUCAAUACGCCCAAAUAGGAUAAGUAAUUCAAAGAUGCCACCUAUUCUUUUCCCACAUAAUAGGUUGGGCGCCGAGUUAUUCAUUCUUAUAUUGCAGUUGAUGUUGAAUGUAUAUUUUUUGCUUACCCACUUUCUAAGAGUGCAGAGAUGAAUUCAUGUGUUUUAA